AUGGAGGGCGUGCCACUUGAGCAGUUUGCGUCCACGAUGUGCACGCGGGAUUUGAAAAAGCACCCGACGAUCAAUUCAGGCGACACGAUGUUUGCCAUGUACACCAUACCGGCCCUUGCCUUCUUGCAGCUGACAGAAGUCAAGAUGCAUGAAGAGCUCGAAGAAGCCGGUCUCCUCAGAGAGUUUGAUGAAACUAUGGGGAAGGCCAUGUUCGUGUCACACCAGUGGCUCAGUGUCCAGCACCCAGACCCAAGCUUCGAGCAGCUGAAAGUCUUGCAGGAUGCUCUGAGGAACAUUGCUUCUGGCAGCAGCCGCGUGAAUCUGCCGAUUGUUGCCGAGAUCUUCCAUGGCCGGUCCCCCUGCCCUACGGCAGCGGACUUCGCCUCGGAUCGCCUGCACAUCUGGUAUGACUACUUUUGCUGUCCGCAGGGGCGCAGUGAGCUCGCAGCGCAGAACCGGCGCCACGCCAUCGAAAGCAUCCCAGCCUACGUGGCGCGGUGCGAGUUCUUCGUCGUCUUGUGCCCGGCCUUCAAGCACCGGGACCAGCAGCGAACCCUGAGCCACGCGACUUGGGGCGAAAGAGGGUGGUGUCGCACCGAGCGGGUCGCACGUGAACUUGCGACCCGCCAGGGAGGGCACAUGGUGGUUGUAGAGAGCGCCACGCACCAAACCUUGAUGUGGGCGACAGGGAGCUGCCUGCUGGAUGCUCCUGGCGAAGGCGAGUUUACUUUGGAUGCUGACAGAAGCACCAUUGGCCCAAUGGUUCGGCAGAUGGUCUUGUCUAAGCUGCUCCACUACCUCGAGCACCGGGACCUGCACAACUACCGGUUCCUCCUGAACUCGCAGGGCGCCCGCUACUUCCGAGGCCUCGAGGUGGCGCCCAUUGAUGGGCUCGUGCCAGGGUUCCAGCCGGAUCCGGAAGCAGACGAAAAGGGUGCCAAGCUGGACUGGUUUCUGCACCAGAACGGCUUCAGGAGCAUCUCCGAGCCGGACGACCAAGGGUGGCCACCUAUAUGCUUCGCUGCUGUGAGCGGCAAUGUACAGGUCUUGCAAGCACUCCUGGAGCGAAGGGCGAAUGUCAACGAUGUCACCACCAAGACGAACAAAGAGUUGCAUCUCGUCAAGAAGAUGACACCUCUGCAAAUGGCGGCGUUCUUCCGCAACAACGAAGCCGUGGAGUUUCUCCUGUCUGCGAGGGCCGAAGUCAACAACGUGGAUGGCUUUGGGGGCAACGCCCUGCACGUCGCCUGUCUGGGUGACAACCCGCAUGCGGUACGCCUGUUUUGCCAAGCCCGCGCCGACCCAAGCCAAGAAGACAAGCUGGGGCUCAAUCCCUUCCAGGUCGCCUGUGCAGUGAGCAGCGUCCGUGCCAUGAAGGAGAUGCUUCUUCAGAUGCCAGGCUUGAGCUUGCGGCAUGGCCUGCACAUCGCGCUGAUGUUUGGAGGGGGAGGCUCCCCCGAAAGGAUCUCCGUCUUGCUGGAGGCCAAGGCAGACGUCAACGAGCAGUUCCGGGUGAAGUUCCGGGAAACUGGGUGGUGGCUUAUGUUAAACGUCAUGGGCCUGAGGCACCGGGUUAGCCCAUCCCGACUUACUCUGCUAGCUUACCACCACCACGACGCCACACCAUUGAUGUUUAGCAUCCUAGCCGGCUCCUUUGAAGCCGUGCCCUGCCUCCUUGACGCCGGGGCCCGGGCAGACGUCCAAAACUACCGCAGGCAAAAGACAUCCGAUCUGGCGCGCCAGGUGCAUGCGCCAGCGUGGUUGAUUGAGGCUUGCUCUGAUGAAAGGCAGCGAACAGGAGUUCGGCUGGACACCGAGAGCGACAGCUUCUUCAUCUGA